AUGGACUCCUGUACCUCUUCGCCAACUGCGCUAUGUCUGGGCGUUGCAGUCGACCAUCGGAUUCGUUCCCUCUUUAGACCUAUCCGGGCCAGAACGCAGGCCAGCAUGCCAGGAGACCCUGCGGAUGCACAACUUCUGAAAAGCCUUGCGGACAGACGAACAGACAGAUAUAUAUCUAAACAUGAAAUUGAUAUAACUCUGGAACUGUUCGGGCCUCAGGCCACCGGUGGGAUCACCGUGGUGCUACAGCAGCCGUGGAGAUUUCACCCAUAUUGGAAAGGCAUUGAAGCGGUCGUCGGCGCCUGUCCAACCUUCUCCGCAGUAGACGAAGCAUUCAGUGCCGCCUCCUGUGGGACGAUCUCUAUAGGGAGCUCAACAUUGUCCAUCAUCGAUUCCCUACCAUUUGUCAGACCGCAGGACAACCUUUCGAGUUGGGACAGAUGGAUAAUACGGAAUGCCACCAGCGACGUAAUCAUUACAAAAGAUCCGGAUGUCGUUCUUUGUAUGUGGCGGCAAGCGAAGAAUAACGAACUCGGUCCGAUGUCUGAAUUUCGAAGUUUGGGCAUCGGCCAUGACUUUGACCAGCCAACGCUCUGUUUGCGUCCGGGAUCCGUUGCCGAAAGAGUGAACUCGUUCCAUCCGAGCUUUGCAAUCAAUUUCAAUCCCUACAACAGUUGCUUUCGCCAACUACUGCUUUUAAAUGUUGCAAAGGCGUGUCGUAUCUAUGAGGGAACCUGGAGAGAAGAAGAAUGGAUGGAUUCUUUAAAGGAGAGGUGCAAAGAGGAAGCCAAAACCGAAACAAGUAUACCACCCUAUUGUUACUUUAACAAGCAGUCUUUGCUAAUUUUUGUUAGACCUCCGUAA